AUGAAGAACUUAUCUACCAAUCUUCUUGCGGCGGCUGUUUUCGUCUGCCAGCCAUUUGUCGCUCACGCAUCCCUCCUCCAAGAUGUCGCCCCAGCUUGGGGUGUAAGCCCCGAAGAGGUCUCUAAGCUACUUUCGUCCUCUAACACCUCGGACAUUGACGUUCAAAACUGGAUUCAUCCGUUCGGGGUAAACUUCGGUGAUCAACUCGCCUGGGACGAGGAAACAAAGAAUACGUACCUUAUGGAUCUUAAGCUCAUUCUCAAGGAGAAUCUAGGCAAUGAGAUGUCCAAGCGCCAGACAAAUGCCGCUCGUGAAGCUGUUAAAUCAGCUUCUCGGAGAGCAUUGGGUGAACGAGACUCGAGGCAUCGUAGGCUCAUUGAUCUGUCUUGUGACAAGCGCUCCAAGACUGCUUGCCUCGUGUGCAAAGGCCUUUGUGGUGUCGCCUAUGUUAGCGCCGAUGGGUUGUGCAGCGCUGCUGCCCUCACAGCUGCGGCUGGUAGUGGCGGUACCCUCACUGCUCCCGCCGGCAUUGCCCUUGCUGGUUGCUUGGGCCUUGCCACGUCAGCAUACGGAGUCUGCGUGACUACAUGUAUCAGAUCAUAG